AGCACGCCCUUCUUCCCCGACCACGCUCGCAAGUCGCAACCACGAAGAACCUGCACCACCUACUGCUCUAUAUCCACCUCCUCCUAUACCUCUAGCUCUUACCCCUUUCCUUUCCGUUCCCACGCUCUCGGCUCUCGUCAAUCCAAGCUACUUACCUAAGCGUAGCGAGGAGGAUGCCGAGGCCAUGGAGGCAGGUGCUGGCGUCGGCGACCAAGUGCUGGAGCGCGGAGGAGGACGAGGAGGCCGCGGAGGCCCGGAACUACCGCCCGCCCAACUCCGAGUUCUCGCGCCGGCUCGCCUCCUUCCGGCGCCUAUCCGCCAUGGCCAACGGCUCCGCCACGCCCACGGACGGCAAGGAUGACGAGGACAACGCCGACAGCGCGGGGGAGAUGGGCGUGGGCACCAUGCAGCAGCUCCACUCCUUCAGCCUCAGCGAGCUCCGUGGCGUCACGCACGACUUCUCCAGCGGCUACCUCCUCGGGGAGGGCGGGUUCGGCGCCGUCCACAAGGGUUUCGUCGAUGCCGGCAUGCGGCCCGGCCUCGAGCCCCAGCCCGUCGCCGUCAAGCAGCUCAACAUCGCCGGCCACCAGGGCCACAGGGAGUGGCUGGCCGAGGUGAUCUUCCUUGGGCAGUUCAGGCAUGAUCACCUAUUGAAGCUACUUGGUUACUGCUGCGAGGACGAGGAGCGCCUCCUCGUCUAUGAGUUCAUGCCGCGUGGCAGCCUCGACAACCACCUCUUUAAAAGGAUAUCCGCGACGCUGCCGUGGGGCACCAGGCUCAAGGUCGCCAUUGGUGCCGCCAAGGGCGUCACCUUCCUCCAUGGCGGCAAGCAGCCCGUCAUCUACCGAGACUUGAAGGCGUCCAACAUCCUUCUCGACUCGGAUUUUACGGCGAAGCUGUCAGACUUUGGACUGGCAAAGAUGGGCCCCGAGGGGGAGGAGACACACGUGAGCACCCGCGUGAUGGGCACCCACGGCUACGCGGCGCCCGAGUACGUGCAGACGGGCCACCUGGCGGUGAAGAGCGACGUGUACAGCUUCGGCGUGGUGUUGCUGGAGCUCCUAACGGGCCGCCGGGCCAUGGAGCACGUCCCUGGCCGCACUGCGCGUGCUGAGCAGACCAUCAAGCUCGUGGAGUGGACCCGGCCCUACCUCGCUAGCAGCCGCCGUCUACGCUGCAUCAUGGACCAGAAGCUCUCGGGGCACUACUCUGUCAAGGGCGCCCGCGCCAUGGCGCACCUGGCGGUGCGUUGCACAAGCCCGCAGCCCCGGGAUAGGCCAAGCAUGGCUGUUGUGGUGGAGGAGCUCGAGCAGCUGGAGGGGCUCAAGGACAUGGCUGUCAGCAUGGGCCUCUUUUGGCCCACGGCUCCCGCAGCCGGGAGAAACGCACUCUCCGCCAAAUUUCGGGCCGAGAUGAAGGGCGCCGGCACUGGUGUCGUCCCGCGGCGGAGAACCGCGUCCGCCAACCUGUCAUGAUCUGCUUGCCACGUACGCAUUGUAUGUGCACAUGUUGUAUGUGUGUAUAUAGAAAUUAUUCUAGCCGGGCUGACAUUCACAGGGCUUUACGGAAUUUUCUUCUAACUAAUCUCUGCCCCCUCCCCCCACCUCCUUUCCCGCCGAUUUUCAGCCGCGGUUGGGUCCUCCACCUAAUUUGAUCCAAUCAAAAGUUCCCAGCUAGGCCUCCCCAUUGAUCUCGUAUUAUCCCUGCCCGGGUGUGUAGCAAAGGUCUUCGUAUAGCUAGU